AAACACACUAAGAAGAAGAAGAAAUGGCGUAACAACACGCACAUGCCUGCGUCUUGCAUAAGAGUCUCCGAAUACAACUACUUAAUUGUCUCUACAAAAUUGUAUGCAGUUUUGCAGCCUGCAUUGCGUCUCACAGACCCAAACAAAUUGGGCCCCUCGAAGCCUCUGGUCUCUGACGCCGCUGAGAGUGUGUUUCGGCUAUUACCGCAUGCAGGACGGAGGGAUGGCGGAGAAGCGGGCCACAGUGGCAGUACCUGAAAAGGAAAAGGGGAGUAAAGAGACCCUCAAACGCAAAGGAAAGCCUGUGAAAGCAGCAGAAUCGAUGCCUCUGAAGAAGCCGUUGAGGGAGGUAAAGCAGGGCUGGUUGGUGGGGAAGAUCGCGGAGGAACGGAAGUUGGCUCGCAACAUCGAGUUCAACGAGAAACGUCUCCAUUUUUUGUCCCAGGCCCAGAAGGUUAAACAGGGGGCAGAGGGGGUACUAUACUGGAUGUCCCGAGACCAAAGAGUGCAAGAUAACUGGGCAAUGAUCUAUGCCCAGAAACUUGCACUGGAGGCUCAUCUGGCCCUACAUGUGUGUUUCUGCUUGGAGCCAGAGGUCCAAGGUGCCACACUCCGUGAAUACCACUUUAUGCUCAAGGGUCUUGAGGAAGUUGCUGAGGAGUGUGGUGUCCUUGGGAUACAGUUCCACCUGCUACGUGGCUCAACUGAGGUGACGCUACCAAGCUUUGUCCAGGAAUGGGGUCUGGGUGCCGUGGUGACUGACUUCUCCCCCCUCAGGACCCCCCUGAAGUGGUUGGAGGAUGUAAAGAAGGGACUCCCGUCUGAUGUUCCCUUCAUUCAGGUGGAUGCCCACAACGUGGUCCCCUGCUGGGUCGCCUCAGAAAAGCAAGAACCUUUUGCCAGGACCUUCCGGAGCAAGAUAACCCGGCUGCUGCCUGAGUUCCUCACACAGAUCCCUCUGGUUGACAAACACCCAAAUUCUGCCACAAGGCCUGCAAAGCCAGUAGACUGGACGCAGACUCUGGCCAGUUUGGAGGUGGACCGAAGCGUGGGAGCGGUGGAGUGGGCUCAGCCGGGGAUGGCGGCCGGAACAGCCAUGCUGGAGUCUUUCAUCAACGUGCGUCUGAAGGUCUACGGCCCCCAGCGCAAUAACCCAAACUCUGAGGCCCUCAGCCAGCUCUCCCCCUGGAUCCACUUUGGCCACCUCUCAGCCCAACAGGUGGUUCUACAGGUACAGUGUAACAGGGCUAAGAGUGUGCAGUCAGUCCCGGUCUUUGUGGAGGAGAUGGUGGUACGCAGAGAGUUGGCUGACAACUUUUGCUACUACAACAAGAAGUAUGACCAGGUGGAGGGUGCGGCUGCUUGGGCACAGAAAACUCUGAAGGACCACGCUGGAGAUCCCCGCCCAUACAUCUUCACUUGUGACGAGCUAGAGAAAGCCAAGACUUCUGACAACCUCUGGAACGCCGCCCAGUACCAGAUGGUUUUAGAGGGCAAGAUGCACGGGUUCAUGCGGAUGUACUGGGCCAAGAAAAUACUGGAGUGGACCUCCUCACCAGAGGAGGCGUUGUCCAUUGCCAUCUACCUCAAUGAUCGCUAUGAGCUGGAUGGUCGGGACCCCAAUGGAUAUGUAGGCUGCAUGUGGUCCAUAUGCGGGAUCCAUGACCAGGGUUGGAAGGAGAGGCCUAUAUUUGGGAAAGUGCGCUACAUGAACUAUGCCGGAUGCAAUCGCAAGUUUAAUGUGGCGGAAUUCGAGAGGCAGUACUGUCCGAAAAAGCUGUAACUACAUUGGUGGAUAGUGCUGCCUUCUGCAGCAAGUUUGACCUUGGCCUCUCGACACAAUACUUAUUUACAAUACCAGCUAUUUUCUCUAAUACACCGCAAUUCCCAUAACAUAAAAAAACAUUUACAGUGUGCUUGGAUUGUGGAUCAUGCUAGACUGGUCGAUUUUUGAAGUGGUUUCACCUUCAGAAUUAAUUUCAACAAAUGAAACACAAAAACUUGCUGUGGAUACUUCUGACAUAAUCUGGAUUUGGCAUUAAAGCUUGAUGAGUAGAAUGUUGCUGGUGCUUCAAACCACAACCAGCUGUUAGCUGUUUCACGUUUUGUUUUUCCAUUUUUGUCAUGCGUAGUGCCUUAGCUUAGAGCAUCUGCUUUUUUUUUGUGGCGAGACCUGAGAGGAACCACAGGAAACCAAACUCUCUCACCACUAGAGAAAGUGUUUUGUGUCAAGAUGCCUCUCAGUUGGAACAUUUGCCACACAUUUAUUCAUUCUUUUUCCUUUUAUAUAAGCAAAAUUUAAAUUCUACCUCCAGUAAAGAAGCAAACUUUAUUCAGUGACAUAAGUAAAACAUCAUUUGUACUCGUUUGAAUAAAUAAUUUUGAUAAAACAAAAA